AUGCUGCCCCACGAGGGUCAGGGAUUCCUUCGCUUUGGGCUGUGUCUCUGGUGGUAUGUAUUCACACUUUGCUUCAGAGGAUGUUCAGGCUGUGCGUCCGAGGAGAGGCUCUUUCACAAACUGUUUGCUCGUUAUAACCAGUUCAUCAGGCCCGUGGAAAACGUUUCCGACCCGGUCACUGUGCAUUUUGAAGUGGCCAUCACGCAGCUGGCCAACGUGGAUGAAGUAAACCAGAUCAUGGAAACCAAUCUGUGGCUACGUCACAUCUGGAAUGAUUAUAAAUUGUGCUGGGACCCAGUGGAAUAUGAUGGCAUUGAGACUCUUCGUGUUCCUGCGGAGAAGAUCUGGAAGCCUGACAUUGUUCUCUACAACAAUGCUGUCGGCGACUUCCAAGUCAAAGGCAAGACAAAAGCUCUUCUUAAAUACGAUGGCAUGAUAACCUGGACUCCACCAGCUAUUUUUAAGAGUUCCUGUCCUAUGGAUAUCACUUUUUUCCCUUUCGAUCAUCAAAAUUGUUCCCUGAAAUUUGGUUCCUGGACCUAUGACAAAGCUGAAAUUGAUCUUCUAAUCAUUGGCUCUAAAGUGGACAUGAAUGAUUUUUGGGAAAACAGUGAAUGGGAAAUUGUCGAUGUUUCUGGCUACAAGCAUGAUAUGAAAUACAACUGUUGUGAAGAGAUAUACACAGACAUAACCUAUUCUUUUUACAUUAGAAGAUUGCCGAUGUUUUACACCAUUAAUCUGAUCAUCCCCUGUCUCUUUAUUUCAUUCCUAACUGUGUUGGUUUUCUACCUUCCUUCUGACUGUGGUGAAAAAGUGACGCUCUGCAUUUCAGUUCUGCUUUCCCUGACAGUGUUUUUGCUGGUGAUCACAGAAACCAUCCCAUCCACGUCUCUCGUGAUCCCCUUGGUGGGCAAGUACCUGCUGUUCACCAUGAUCUUCGUCACCUUGUCCAUCGUGGUGACGGUGUUUGUCUUGAACACCCACUAUCGCACCCCGACCACACACAUGCCCUCGUGGGUGAAGGCAGUCUUCCUCCGGCUGUUACCCCAGAUCCUGAUGAUGAGGAGGCCUCUGGACAAGAGGAAGGGGACAAGAUACGACAAAAACCCCAAAGGCUUCUCUGGUAGGCCUGCCAAAGUCAAGUUCGAUCAUCACAGAGAGCCCAAACUUCUUAAAGAAUGCUGCCACUGUUGUAAGUCUGGUGAGAUCGCCACCAGCAAGAGAAGAUUAAGUCAUCAGCCUUUACAAUGGAUGACUGAAAAUUUGGAGCCCUCACCUGAAGUUGAAGAUGUAAUUGAUAGUGUUCAAUUCAUAGCAGAAAACAUGAAGAACCAAAAUGAAACAACAGAGGUGCAGGACGACUGGAAAUAUGUGGCCAUGGUGGUGGACAGGCUGUUCCUGUGGGUGUUUAUGAUCAUCUGCGUGUUUGGAACUGCGGGGCUGUUUCUCCAGCCACUCCUGUGGAACACAGGACAUUCGUAA